AUGUCAAGACUAAUUGUGAAAGGGCUACCAAAGUACUAUACGGAGGAUAAGUUAAAGGCUUAUUUCUCUAAGCAGGGAGACGUCUCUGAUGUCAAACUUAUGAAAAAUCGAUUUGGUGAAUCAAGGCGAUUUGCUUUCAUCGGUUAUAAAAACGCUGAAGAUGCAGAAAAAGCCGCUUCUUACUACAACGAUAGUUUCAUUGAUACAGCCAGAAUAUCUGUUGAGUUGGCAGUUACUUUUGCAGAUUCUAAUAGAUUGGAAGAAGCACCUAUGAAAAAGAACAAGACCAAUCCAAUCAGGGAAAUUGACGAACAGAUUGCUAAAGAUCACAAAUUGAGAGAUUUCAUGAAUGCUCUGAGACCAGGUAGUCAAACACAAACCUGGGCUGAUAACUCUGCCGUUUCUGGAGAAGGUGGACCAACUAAUGAAGCAUUGGUAGAAGCUCUAGCCAAAAGGGAUAAAUCAGAGCCUACCACAGAUAGUGCUCAGCAUGACCCUAAUGUUUCAGAUCAUGCCAGUGAUGACGACUAUGAUGACUUCCAAAAAUCAAACGAAGACAAUGAGUCGGAGGAGGAGGAAGAGAUGAUUCCUCUUAGUGAAGUAGCACCUGCAGAUGAUAGUAUGACUGAUUUGGAAUGGCUAAUUCAGAGACGAAAAAGAAUGAGCGAUAACCCUUCCCACAAAGAACAAAAUGGAACCAAAGACACAGAACACAAGAGGCCAGGGCACGACGAGGAGGAAACAACAGCAACACAGUCACAAGACGGUCAAACUUCUAGUCAACAGCAGACAGAAAUUGUCCAAGAAGAAGAAUCUGAAGAAGAUCAAAACAUUAAAAUCAUUUCUCAAACUGGCAGGCUGUUCGUAAGAAACAUCUCCUACACAGCUACUGAAGCAGAGUUUAGGCAAUUAUUUUCAACAUACGGAGAAUUGGAUGAAGUCCACGUAGCCAUUGAUACCAGAACUGGAGCUUCAAAAGGGUUUGUUUAUGUCAAAUUUCAAGAUCCCGAACAGGCUCUUGAGGCUUACAAGUCCCUUGAUAAACAAAUUUUCCAAGGAAGACUUCUUCACAUUCUUCCUGCUCAACCCAAAAAAGACCAUAGAUUGGAUGAGUUUGACAUUAAGAACCUGCCCUUAAAAAAGCAACGAGAAUUGAAAAAGAAAGUUGACGCUUCAAAAAGUGUGUUCAGCUGGAAUUCCCUGUACAUGAACAAUGAUGCUGUACUGUCGUCUGUGGCUGACAAGCUAGGAAUCUCAAAGACAGAAUUGAUUGAUCCUCAGAAUAGUAGCUCUGCUGUGAAACAGGCACUUGCUGAAGCCCAUGUAAUUGGGGAUGUCAGAAAGUAUUUCGAAUCUAAAGGCGUUGAUUUGACAAAAUUUGACACGAAGGAAAGAGACGACAAAGUCAUUCUGGUAAAAAAUUUCCCUUAUGGUACAUCUCUGGACGAAAUUACUGAUCUUUUUGCCCAAUAUGGAGAGUUAAAACGAGUUUUGAUGCCUCCUGCCGGGACCAUUGCCGUUGUUGAAUUUCGUGAUGCCCCAUCUGGAAGAUCGGCAUUCACCAAGCUGGCCUACAGAAGGUUCAAGAAAUCGAUCAUAUAUUUGGAGAAAGGCCCUACAGGUCUGUUCACUAGAGAUCCAAACUCUAAUGAGGCUCCAGAUGUUGCUGAAAAGAAAGAAGGGAAGGAAGUCAAAGCUACGGGUGGUGAUCUUUUGGACACUGACAAAUCUGAUGAAGCUUUAACUCCAUCAGGACCAACUGUUUCUGUAUUCGUUAAAAAUCUAAGUUUCAGCACAACUGUCCAAACACUGACGGAUACGUUUAAGCCUCUAGAAGGUUUUACUGUGGCCACUGUUAAGACGAAACCUGAUGCGAAGAAUCCGGGCAAGACCUUAUCCAUGGGUUUUGGGUUUGUUGAGUUCAGAACGAAGGAGCAAGCUGAACUGGCAAUUUCAACUCUAGACGGAAAGCCAUUAGAUGGACACAGGUUGCAAUUGAAACUCUCUCAUAGAAAAUCUGGAACAAACGAGAAGAAAGCUAGGUCCAGUAAAACAAGUAAAAUUAUCAUUAAGAAUUUACCAUUCGAAGCUACUAGAAAAGAUAUUGUGGAGUUAUUCAGUUCCUUUGGUCAUCUCAAAUCUGCAAGAGUGCCCAAAAAAUUCGACAGUUCGGCCAGAGGUUUUGCCUUUGUUGAAUUUUCUUUACUCAAGGAGGCCGAACAAGCCAUGGACCAACUGCAAGGUGUACAUUUGUUAGGUCGUAGAUUGGUCAUGGAGUAUGCUCAACAGGAUGCGGAAAAUGCGGAGGAAGAGAUUGAAAGGAUGACCAAGAAAGUCCAGAAACAAGUUGCUUCCAGAGAAUUAGCUUCGCUUCAAGGUACAGGUAGAAAACGAUUGGACUUUGACGAGACCGAUGAGUUCGAAGGUUUGUAA